AUGCCUGAGAUCGAUUCGAAACAGGAUGUGCAAGCAGGUGACGAGGAUCAUGCAGAAGGCGAUGAUCACCCGGUGAUUGAAGGGAAGGCUCAAAAAGAUGCCGGGGGCAAAGUAGUCGAGGGCAAGGACGUUGAGGAUGAAGACAGUGAGGGUUUCAACGACCAAGAGCAUGCGGCGACCAAUGACGACUCUCCGAAUUCCAAUGUUGAUACGCAUGAGAUGGAGACAAGAUCGGUAGAUUCCAACAAGCAGCUGGACUCCCAAGACGGCAGCCUACAUGAACAGAAGUCUUGGGAAGAGGAAGGCCAAGGAGAAAAUUCGACACUCGAGGAAGAUGGCAAGGUCGAGGAAGAAGCUAGAGAAAGCGAAGCCGAAAAUGCAGAUGACAGUGAUCGUCAGAAUGAUCAUGAUCAUGGCGAUGAAAAGGAGGAGGGACAGGAGAAGGAGGAGGAGGAGGAGGAGGAGGAGGAGGAGGAGGAGGAGGAGGAUGAGGAGGAGAAAAGAGAAGAAUCUGAAAGAAGGGAGACUGCUGACGCAGAGGUGAAGGAAGGCAAUGAAGAAAACGAUGAACAAACUGAAGGGGUCGAGAAGACUGAGGUAGAGGAACUCCGUGACGAGACUGCGCCUCCUGAUGCUCAAGCAACAACCGAUUCCGGGGAAGAGGAAGUGAAGGCUGAUGAAGGGGUUCAUGACAAGGGAGGAGAUGAAAAAGAUGUCAAAAGCGGGAACGAAGAGACAGAGACUGACACUGAGACAGCUACAGUAACAGCCACAACUGAAGAGGCUGAAGUUGACCACGAUCAUGAGAAUCAAAAGGAUGUUCAAGAAAUCAAACAGACAACUCCCGAGCAAGGUGCGGCCGAAACCAAUCAAGCAAGUGCGAAGAUUCCACAGAAAGCACGAUCGAGUUGGGGGGGAUCGUUGUUUGGAUGGAGGAGCAAAGAGCCAAAGGGUGAUACUCAAGAUAAGAGCAAGGCGACUGCAAGAUUGUCCAUGUCCAUGACGACGAAGCCAGAUUCGCACAUGACGAGUGAAGUGUGCAAACUUCUUCUCAAGGACCUAGAGACGCUGGAAACGAACACCCCAAGGAGUCAAUACAGAUAUCGUGAGCUCUUGAAGAGCGCAGAGAGGAUCAUCCGCGACAUUGAUGAGGAGCACCAUGAUCAAGACAGCCUGACGAAGUCGAUCAGAUCGAGUGAUGCAAUCCUCAAGAUCGCUCUCCAGGCCUCUGAGAGCAAGACUGCAAACUUGUCUCGCAUGGGACUCUCAAUGCUUCAACGCCUUGCGGCCUGCGAUGGGAUCGAUCCGGACGAGUUUGUGAAGGCUUCAAAUGUGUUCAGACUAGCCGUUGACAGCACAGACGAAGCAUUUCAACUUCGAAUCGUCCAGUUGUGCAGCACGUCACUGCAGUCGCCAAGAAUAUGCUUCCAUAUUGCAAAUUUGUCCAUCAAGUCGUCACUGGAAGGAUUCUUUGACCUUCUCUCAAAGUUGUACGAAGGAGAAUGCAGGGAGGCCAUCAUCGUCAUGCAAGAGCUCGCCAAGAAGAGUACCGAAGCUGAGCCUGCAGAUCUUGAGAGCCACGUGACGAUGAUCGGAUCGCAUCUCUUCCGAGAGUUCUCAUCCAUUAUCAAGCUGGAGACGAGCAAGAAGCUUCAGUUUCGCCCCCACUUCUCAGUAUGUCCCAUGAUCCUCGGGAUUCUGGACGACAUUCUCCGUGCUGAGAGCAAGAUAUUUCACAAGUCGAAAUCAUUCCUCAACAUCCUGAACGAUCAGAUUUGUUCGGUCCUUGUUUAUCAGCUGCAAAGAGUCGCUGAGGCUGGAACCCGAGCUUUCGUCAUGAAAGAUUCGAAACAGGCUGUCUCUGCACAAGACAUCAACAUUGCUAUUGUGAGGCUGUUGCGAUGUUGCUCGGCAGUGAUCAGCUACUAUUCUGCUCCCAACAGGUCUGCUGAAUGCGAAGGGAGUGAUGACGACUGCAACGACGAUUGCGAAUCCAACCUGUUGUCUUGUGUGGCAAACAUGAUCUCUCUCUUUGUGCACAUGGCACAGGAGGCCAAGCCGUCAUGGCUGAAACUUGCUGCUCUUGAAUGUCUACACGAAUAUACAACAUCCGACGAACUUCCGACCAGACUGAAAAAGAUUCACAUCGUUAGCAGCGAACUCAAUCAGUCAAGCGAUGCAGAGAACGUGAUUGACAUGGAGAUGGAUGCGUUUGCUGCGAUAGUUUCAAACUAUCUCGACCCUCCUCAUCCAAAAGAGACAAAGAAUACACGAUCAAGCAAGCAGAUGGUCGCUGCCCAACGAGAGCUGCCUGUGAAGAACUUCUUGUCCAUCACUGAAGAUGAGAAGAUGUCAUGGAAGAGAAUCAUCGACACCGUUUCUGGCGAAGAACCAGUUUUACCUCCUGAUUGGGACACGAUCGCGUUCGAGCUUGCCAUAAUCUGCUCCUCGAACCUGUCAUGCGCGAUGAAUGAGAUGUGCAACCUUCAACGACCUAUCUCUACUUCUUCCUUGAGCAGCUUCGAGGAUUACCCAUCGUAUACUGUGACAGACACAAAACCAGAUGAAGAGAGCGCAUCGUCCAAGGUGUGCAACCACAUGAUCGACAGUUGGACCAUCUCACUGAUGGGAUUGACUCGCCUUUGCAUGCAACACAUCGAGAAUGACAGGCUCUUGCAACUCGUCCUGAGGUCCCUCUGCUCCUACAUGCAAGCGAGCAACGAGCUCAGGCAGUUCCACUCUAGAGACCUUGCGUUGAGCAUCAUCUGCAAAGCUGUCGGUGCUCCAGCUCCAGACUCCACAACACAACUGCCUGCACGCCCUCGCCUGCUCAUCCUGGACUCGAUCAUCCGCAUGGUGUUCGAUUUGGGCGAAGACAUGCAGCACUCUUGGAAGAUUCUCUUUCCUGUCUUGCAGUAUUGGACUGCAAACAUUGCAAACUUCGGGUUGCAGACGAAGUUGUCUGUGUACAUGAAAGACAAGACAUCUGAAGCCUCCACGUCCUUGGGCUUCGCCCAGGAGGACGUGAAAUUUCUCAAGCACGUUUCAAGGGGAAUCGACAAGAUCUUUGAAGACAGCGACAAACUUUCAAGAGACGCUUGCAUGUCGCUACUCAAGACGCUGGAACAGGCUGCUGUUCCUACGGAGAAGGCAAAACUGCGAUGCCUGCGCCUGAAUUUCGCUCAUGGUUGUCAUCAGGAAGAGGCUCAAGACGGGAGUGUGGAAGAUGCAGCAGACAAGAACAACUUAAACUCUGUCUACUUCGGGAUGUCUUGUGCAUUUGUGGUCGCUGAGAGCAAUCACGCACGGUUGGAAGAGAUAUGGGACUCUCUACAGACCACCAUCGUCAAACUUUGCAUUCAUGAAGAGAGUCAGAUCAGAAAGGCUGCGAUCUCGAUCUUCGAGAGAUUCGUCGACAGCUUUCUGGAGAAGAGAGACCUCGCGAAAGCUUCGGACGACAAGCUUGAGAAGAGUAUGCUGGGAUCUCUUGCUGAGAUCUUCAAUCAGUCGCCGAAAGAAGUGAAGAUGGAGAUCUUGAGGUGCAUUUUCGAGAUUCUCAAGAAGAGGGGAAAAUCGAUUAAGUCAAGCUGGUCCAUUCUCAUGCAAACCUUCACGAACAUCUCCAAGUCCAACGACGUGGCGUUGGUGAAAGAAGGAAUCAAGUGCGUAUCUCUGGUCUCGAGCGAGUUCUUGAGCGAGCUAGACGAGAAAGAGUUCUCCUCCUUCCUUCAUCUUGCUAUCGCGUUCGGCAGGCAGACCUUGGACUUGGAGACAAGCCUUGCCGCAAUCACUUCCCUUCGUGAUUGUGCAGAAUUCGUCACUGCAAAGUUAAUCGCAGAGGAGGAAGAGCAGGAAGAAGAGAAAGAGUCGACGAGGAUCGAGAAAGUCCAGUUGUGGUUGUCCAUUGUCGACGCUCUCCUCAAGCUCGGGUCCGACAAGAGAGAAAAUGUGAGGAACGAAUCUGUUAAGGUCCUGCUGGAUAUGCUUCUCGAGGACGAGCGAGUCAAACAGCAGUUCCACGACAAGAUGGGGAUAGUGAUACAAUCGUUCAUCUUCCCCUACAUGGAGCAGAUCGAACAAACAACCUUCGAAGCCGUUGCGGAGGGAUCGAAAUCGACCCAGCAGUGGCUGAGCACUUGGUUGACAGUCUUCGACGGAGCGUGCAAACUGAUCCAGUUGCUCUUCACCCUGCACCUUGAACAUCAGGGGACCUUGCCCGACGAUGUUGAUGAGACCUGGAAAACUUUCAUCUCUCGCCUAGUGUUUGCGUUUGAGUGCAGAAGCGAGUUGAUCAUCCGGUCUGCUGUAUGCUCUAUCUCAAUCAUGGUCAAGAGUAUGAGCAAGACCUUCCCAAGGAGCAUGUGGGAUUCUCUCUGGGAAUGCUUCGAAUCCCAGGUGAAGAAGUCUUGCGCUAAGAAGCUCCACAAGACGGGAGUUGUGUGGGAAAUCACCGACGAAAUGUUCGACCUCGUCGACGAUGCCAUCACUUUGUCCCCUCAGUUAGUCGGUCAUGGUGAACUCACCUCCCCUCUAUUCGCUCGGUCGCUGACGGGGUUCUCUCACUCAGAGACGAUUGCCCGACUCAUCCACAUCCUCGGCGUGAUCGUCUCGCAAGAGAAGGCGGAGGAAAAGGAGGUCGUGAGCCAUUACAAGAGGAUGGCGAAACUCCUGGGAGGAAGGGAGGUCAUCGAGCAAGUGACCCUAUGGCACGAGCUCGUCUCCUCCCUCCUCUGCUUGCUUCCCGGAGACGAGAGGUCGUAUGAGUGGACUGUUAACCUCAACUACACGUUCGCUCAACGACCAGCAAGGUCGAAGGAGGAGAUCAGUGCCGCCAGCCAGCUGCUCGCUGAGCUGUUCUGCGACGAGGCUGCUGUCGUCGUGCAGACAAAUCUGUUCGAGAGGAUCGUAGUCACUUUCCUUGUCUGCGUCUGUUCCAGGUCCUCCAGCCAGGCUGCUGUCCCAUGGAACGACAUAGUCACGUCCCUAGAGAGGGUCCUCAAGGCAGGCAUGCCGAUCAUUCAGACGGCCUCGGGCAUUUCCGAGGAGGACAAGAGCCAAGUAUGGCACAACAUCGUAGACGGGUUCAGCACAGUCCUCACCACUCCAGCUGCGCAUGCCAAGGACGCGCAAACUUUCGAGCUGGACGAGGUUGACGGGAUGAUGAUGCGGAUCGUCUCCUCCAUCCUCGCGCCCCUUGCCAGCCGCAUCGACAUGCACGUUGACGUCCUCAGAAUUUUCGACGCCAUCCUGGAGGACAGCUGCAAGCAAGCUGCUCUCGAGCUCCCGCUCCGUGUCAAGAGAAGCGCCUUGAGCAGGCGGGCACUCCAGGAGCUGAUGACACUCGCAAGCUGGAGCCCAGCAGCUGGAGUUCAGGCUGACAAGGUUGACUUUGCGGCCAAGAUCGUCAUUGAGCGCAUUCGGACCGUCCUUGAGAUGCAUGCUAACUUGGGCUCCUCUGUCCCCGAGCCCCCCGACAAGUCUUGGCUGGAGCUCGCGAUCUCCUCUAUCAAGAGCUUGGAGAGUCUGCGACUCUCACCAUCAUGCUUCGAUCUCCUCGUGGAAGAGCUUGAGCCCCCUAGGAGUUACGCCAUGGACGAGCUCCCGGCAAGAACCGAAGAGGAGGAAAAGGCCCUGAGGAAGCGAUCUAGUCGGCUGCACGAUCGGAGCUCGCAGACCGGACACCUCCUCCUCCUCUACUCCACCCUGUGCAAGUGUAUCCUUUCCUCCAACAGAGAAAUCAGGGCCAUGGCCAAGACUCUGCUGGAGAAGGUGGGAGAGGAGAUCGGUCUACAUGCUCCCAUGUGA